UAUGUCAAGAUAUUACAUUUAUUCCUUUAAGUAUAUUACAUUUCUCUUAAUAAUUGUGUAAUCUUGAUUUAAUUGUUAGUCACAUUUGAGUAUUUACUUUUGUAAUCUAAGUUUCAUUUCUGGCUUUAUGUUAGUUUUGGGAAGUCAUAUCUUUGGGUCUUUAACUGUAAAAUGAUACUCUUUAGAUUUUUGAGAUAUCACUCUCUCCUGGUUUUUUAAAUUAUCUCUUUCUUUAUCCCCCUUCUUAGAUUCUUCUUCAGAUCAUGAUCUCUAACCUGAGUGUCCCUGGGUUCUGUCCCGAGUCAUCCUUUCUUCACUCUUGUCUACUUUACUUGUUGAGCUCAAGUGCUCCCGUGGAUUUAGUUACCAUCCCUAUGCUGAUGAUUCUCAAACCUACCUUUCCUGCUCCUGUAUCUUUGCUGACCUUCAGUCUUACAUGUCCAACCACCUUUCAGACAUCUUAAACUCUAAUGGAGACUCUCAAACGUCAUGUUUUAAUUACUGUAAAAGGCUACUGGUUGGUCUGCCAGCCUCCUCUCCCAAUUUCAAUCCAUUCCCUAUUUAGUCACCAAAGAGAUUAUCUGAAAAUGCAGGUCUGAUCAUGUCACUUUAAUUUCAGUGCUUUCCUUUUAUUUCUUAUUUAUCCUGUAUAGCUUACUUUGUGUAGUUUUGUAAGCUCCUUGAGGCCAGGUAACUGGCUUUUGCCUCUUUAUGUGUCCCCAGUAGUGUGCCUGGUACUGCUUAAUACAGAUGUUUAUUGAAUGAAUGCAGAAUAGGAUACUUUUUGUUUUGUUGUUUAUUUCUGACACUCCUUUAUGACCCUGAAGUGAAUAUUGCAGAAGAAAUCUCUACUUUAUGAACCUACAGGCCUGAGGAAUUGUUUUGCUAUACAUAUCUAGUUUUGAUUUUUUUUUCUACAUGUAGGAAGCUACAUUUAUCCUGCUACAUUUGCUUCUCUUCCCACUCCUAUAUCACUUUUUUGUGCCAUUUUUCUUUUGCCCCCUAGCAGAUGUCACUUGAGUGUUUCAGUUAACUCAGUUUUUGCUUGUGGGGUAGUGGUUUUCUCUAUUGUCAUGGAACCAGUCUUGUUAUACUAGUAUGUAUAGCUUCAAGUACUCUUGACUACUUUAGCUGGCUCUGUUCAUUUGACAUUCUUAUGGCACCUUGGAUUUUGUCCCCUCUUAUUUUCCUGUUUUGUAGUCCAGUAAAUCUUAUUGAGCUAUUAUAUCUCAAGGACCCCUUCUGUCUCUUGGUAUUCUUGAGAUAUGUUUACAAAUGUAUAUUCUUUUUUUUUUUAAUUAUUUUUUUAGUCAGUUUAGAAUAUUAUUCCUUGGUUACAAGAGUUACAUUAUUUCCCUUCCUCCCCUCCACCCAUCCUUCCCACAGCUGACAAGCAAUUUCAUUGGGUAUUACAUGUGUCCUAGAUCAGAACCUGUUUCCAUGUUGUUGGUGUUUGCACUAGGAUGUUCAUUUAAAGUCUACAUCCCCAAUCAUAUCCCCUCGACCCAUGUAUUCAAGCAGUUGUUUUUCUUCUGUGUUUUUACUCCCACAGUGUUCCCUCUGAAUGUGGAUAGUUUUCUUUCUCAUAGAUCCCUCCAAGUUGUUCAGGAUCACUGCAUUGCCACUAAUGGAGAUGUCCAUUACAUUUUAUUGUACCACAGUGUAUCAGUCUCUGUGUACAAUGUUCUCCUGGUUCUGCUCCUCUCACUCUGCAUCACUUCCUGGAGGUUGUUCCAGUCUCCAUGGAACUUCUCCACUUUAUUAUUCCUUUUAGCACAAUAGUAUUCCAUCACCAACAUAUACCACAGUUUGUUCAGCCAUUUAAAGGGCAUCCCCUCAACAAAUGUACAUUCUUAAAAUGAAACCUGCAAGAUUAUUUUACAUACUGUUAAGAGACCCAUUCUUGGAUCUGAACCUAUUCCUGCCUUCAGGCCUUCCUCUAGAAUGGAAUUUUGGGGGAGACCCAAGGUCAGUACUCACUAAUUCAGAUCCUAAAAGUUGUGGUUGGAUGACAGCAGCAAAGAAUUAAUUGAGAGUGAAGCAAGAAGGAAAAAGAAAAGAUGAAAUAAGAAGCUAUUUGUUCCUUCUAAUUGGGCUAGAUACCAAGAUGGAAGAUGUUUACCUUGACCUUGUUAUAAGAGGUUCCUCAUGGAUAAAUUUUUAGGGCAGUGUUCAUAAGCCAAACAUUUGCAUGUGAUUAAUUAUAGGAGAUAUAAGGGAGUUAUUGUCUGAGUAUAACUAGCCUCACUAAAUCAAAGAAAUGUGUCUGUGGGUCACACAGGGAGUAGAAUUUUCCCAGGACUGAGGAAGCUGCUACCUUUAGCAGCUAAGUCUUUUUGUACUGAUAAAAAGUGCAGAGGAGACACUGAAGGACCACUGCUGACAGAGCUGGUCUCACAACUCACUAGGGGUUAUUUAUAGCAAAAAUAGCUUUUACAGAAUAAGAUGGAGUCCGCAUGACUUGAAGCAGGGCUAUUUCUAAGGGGAGGGCCUAUGUGUUACAUAAACAUGUGAAGAAAGUUAGGAGUUUAGGCCUGGCUAUUAGAAUGAAGGGUGUCAGGGAAGCUCAUAGGAAGCUGCAAAUCUCAGGAAACUUGUUGAAGUAGGGCUCUGGAGCCAAAUCGGUAGGAUAAUUUUAUCCACUUUUCUAACAAACCACUAGUAAGCAUAACAUUAUUUGUUACACAUCGUCCUUGUCUGUCCCUUUCUCCCAUUGGUGUGUUCCUCCCAGUCUGUGUUUUGGAGAAGAGUCCAGGCGGAACAACCUUCCUGCCUUUCCUGGCUCUGCUCCUGACUUUUUGGACUUUGGUAGCCCACUUUUGCCACACUCUCCUCUUUGAACCUUCCUUUGAGUCUGUGAGCUCUUCCCUCGGGAACAUGUGCUCUGCCAGCCUGCUCACUGCUUUGUCCCAUGAGUGUCUCCAUUUUGGAGAGGGUCCUGGUCCUGCAAACUUCAGACCGCUUUCUGGUUUUCAUCCCUGUGGCGCUGUGCGAGCUUUUGGCACAGGUGUUGGAUGGCUGUUGCCUUACACUGCGACGGAGCUCGUUCUCUGCCAGGGAGUUUCCGUGAGAUAAAACAGAAGUGCUUAUUCAUCCUGUGUGAACAACGCACUUGCCGGAUUCUGGCCUUGAGCAGCUUUUGCCGUGGCUGUGUUCCCUUGUCAUGUUCUUGCUCGGGGGAUGUCUCCUGUGCUGGGGUGUGUCAUGCAAGUGUCGGGGUGUUCAGGACAGAGGCCGAAAAGUAUUUGUCAGCAGUGAAUCUUGGCCACAGUGUCUUCUGAACCAUUCCUUCUUCUCAGCGGUGACUGUCACAGGCCACAAGACAUCACUCUUCGAGACUGGUAGACAAGGAGGAUGAAAAGCAGGACCCAAUGACUGCUGGGAUGGACAGCAGACGCGCCUAGUUAGGGGUGAAUCUGGAGAUCAUAAUGCCUCGGAAGGAAAAGAACAUGAACCAGCAUGAUAAAGACUAGGAAGUAUAGGAAUUACCUGAGUUGUGAACAUCCGCUUUCUACACAUGUAAACAAAUGGUUAUUUGCAGGCUCAUCUCAAUAUCACGGCUGCAGCAAUAAUCAGAUAAUGUUCUCUGGCAGCUGGCCCCUCCUUGAUGUGUGCUACUCUUUCUCCUUUUCUUCUUCUUAUAUAUUUUCCCUGAAACAUCAGUUAAAGGGGCUGGUAUGGUAUAGAAUCAGGCACUGGAUUAGGAGUUAGAAGACAUGGAGGAAAGCAAGGAGGCCCAGCAGAUUGAAAAGGAGGCCCAGAGGACCCAGCUGGCCUCACAUACUUCCUGGGCAAGGCACCAAUACACAAUAUUGAUUCUCAGAUGGAAGGCAGCAGAAGGUGUGACUUUCAUUGGACCUGACACACAUGCUAUUCAAGCCAUGGGAGACAAGAUUGAAAGUAAAUUAUUAGCGAAGAAUGCAAAGGUCAACACAAUUCCUGGCUUUGAUGGAGUGGUCAAGGAUGCAGAUGAAGCUGUCAGAAUUGCAAGGGAAAUUGGCUAUCCCGUUAUGAUCAAGGCCUCAGCAGGUGGUGGUGGGAAAGGCAUGCGAAUCGCUUGGGAUGAUGAAGAGACCAGGGACGGUUUUAGAUUUUCAUCUCAAGAAGCUGCUUCAAGUUUUGGUGAUGAUAGGUUACUAAUAGAAAAAUUUAUUGAUAAUCCACGGCAUGUAGAAAUCCAGGUUUUGUGUGAUAAAAAAGGAAAUGCUUUGUGGCUUAAUGAGAGAGAAUGCUCAAUCCAGAGAAGAAAUCAAAAGGUAGUAGAGGAGGCACCAAGUACUUUUUUGGACCCAGAGACUAGAAGAGCCAUGGGGGAACAAGCAGUCGCUCUUGCCAGAGCAGUGAAAUAUUCUUCUGCUGGAACAGUGGAAUUCCUUGUAGACUCAAGGAAGAAUUUUUAUUUCUUAGAAAUGAAUACUAGACUUCAGGUUGAACAUCCCGUCACAGAAUGCAUUACUGGCCUGGACCUAGUCCAAGAAAUGAUCCGUGUUGCUAAGGGUUACCCUCUUAGACACAAACAAGCUGAUAUUCCCAUCAACGGCUGGGCAAUUGAAUGUCGAGUUUAUGCUGAGGAUCCAUACAAGUCUUUUGGUUUACCUUCUAUUGGCAAAUUGUCUCAGUAUGAAGAGCCAUUACAUCUUCCUGGUGUCCGAGUUGACAGUGGAAUCCAACCAGGAAGUGACAUUAGCAUUUAUUAUGAUCCAAUGAUAUCAAAAUUAAUUUCAUAUGGUUCUAAUAGAACUGAAGCACUCCAGAGAAUGGAAGCAGCUCUAGAUAAUUACGUCAUUCGAGGUGUUACACAUAAUAUUGCAUUACUUAGAGAAGUGAUCAACCAUAAACGCUUUGUUGAAGGAGACAUUAACACAAAGUUCCUCUCUGAUGUAUAUCCAGAUGGUUUUAAAGGUCAUAAAUUAACUAAAACAGAAAAACAACAAUUAAUGGCUAUAGCAUCUUCUUUGUAUGUGUCUUUCCAGUUAAGAGCACAACGAUUUGAGGAAAAUUCAAGAAUUCCUGUCCAGAAGCCACAAAUGGCAAACUGGGACCUAUCAAUCAAAAUAGGAGAUGAAAUUCACUCUGUUAUAGCAUCAAACAGUGGCUCAACAUUUUGUGUGGAAGUUGAUGGGUUGAAACUAAAUGUGACCAGUGAAUGGAACCUGGCUUCACCUUUAUUGUCUGUCAACAUUGAUGGCACUCAGAGGAUUGUACAGUGUCUUUCUCGAGAAGCAGGUGGACACAUGAGCAUUCAGUUUCUGGGUACGGUGUAUAAGGUCCGUGUCUUAACUGAGCUGGCUGCAGAGCUGAACAAAUUUAUGUUGGAGAAAGUAGCGGAGGACACGAGCAGUGUUCUGAGAUCGCCCAUGCCUGGAGUGGUGGUUGCCGUCUCUGUGAAGCCCGGAGACGUGGUAUCUGAAGGUCAGGAGAUUUGUGUGAUCGAAGCUAUGAAAAUGCAGAACAGUAUGGGUGCAGGGAAAACUGGCAAGGUGAAAUCAGUGCAUUGCAAAGCUGGAGACACAGUUGGAGAAGGAGAUCUUCUUGUAGAACUGGAAUAAAAUAUUAUCCUUAAUCAUCACCCAUUUUAAUUAGCUAUUUUUAUUACUAUUCUUUCACACCAAAUUUAUUCCGGCAUUUUACGGGAACACUCCUGUGCAGCAGAUUUUACUUGGUCAUAUUUAUUCCAUAUAUAGUCAAAACUAACAUUCUGCCAAAAAAUCACCAAUGGAAAUUUGUAUUGAUAUAAAUACUUGUACAUAUGAUUUGUACUUCUGCUGUGAGAUUUCCUAGUGUCAAAAUUAAAUCAAUAAAACGGAACAUUUGUCUAAA